UUUAUCACUGCGAAUCCGUCUUUAACCCGUGCCCCUCCCCUCUCUCCACAGCGGCGCCGUGAACCUGGACGGCCGGAUAGAGCCGGGAGACAUGAUUCUACAGGUCAACGACAUCAACUUUGAGAACAUGUCCAACGACGAUGCUGUGCGGGUCCUGCGAGACGUGGUUCAGAAGCCGGGCCCGGUGAAACUAGUGGUGGCCAAGUGCUGGGACCCCAACCCGAAGGGCUACUUCACGAUCCCUCGUACGGAGCCGGUGCGUCCGAUCGACCCGGGCGCCUGGGUAGCGCACACGGCCGCCUGCCGAGGUGAGGCCCAGACAGGCGAGUACUCGAUCGGAGCGCCAUCCUCUUUCACGCCCAGCCACCACGGAGGCAAGGGCCAGUUCACCGGCGCCCGCCAGCCGUCCCUCUCAACGCUGACGUCGACCAGCUCGUCACUGGCCAGCAGUAUGCCCGAGUCAGAGAUGCCCCUCCUGUCUGCAGGGCCGCCAGCCGAGCCGCUGACCGUCGACUCGGGAAUGCUGGCCGUGGCCCGCGCCAUGGCUGCGCCUGACAGCGGGCUGGAGGUGCGGGAUAGGAUGUGGCUGAAGAUCACCAUACCGAACGCGUUCAUUGGCUCGGACGUGGUCGACUGGCUACACAGCUACGUAACCGGUUUCGCCGACCGGCGCGAGGCGCGCAAGUACGCCGCCCACAUGCUGCGGGCCGGCUUCAUCCGACACACGGUCAACAAGAACACCUUCUCCGAGCAGUGCUACUACGUGUUCGGAGAUCUCUGCAGCGGUUUCUCCGGUAUGAAGCUGGGCGAUGAGGACGGCCUGUCGGAGGUGGACCGGGACACCCUCGGUCCGCUGCCGCCGCCCUCCUCGGGCACACAGUGGGCCGGACCCCACGUACCCUACAGCGGUACAUACGUACCGCCGGCGCAGGGCUACGCGCCGAUGCCGUUCAGCUAUACGAACGAGGCCGGCAGCUUCAGUCAGCGGGAAGGAGGCAGCGGCAGCGGCGGCUCCUCCGCCGGCUCCCAGCGGCGGAGACUCGAGUCGGCGGCGGCCGGCGGCGGACCGGGCGGCGGCGGCGGCUCCAGCAGCGACGGCACCGAGUCAGUAGCGACGACGGUGACCAGCCAGCGGUCGGCGGCCGUGCCGCCCGGCGCCGCCGCCGCCGCCGCCGCCGCGCCCGACGGCAGGCAGCCCGACUACUUUGUGGACGUGAUGUGACGGGCGGACGCGGUCGCCACGAGUGUGUUCUAGUCUGCCCUCCGUGUCGUCCACGCCAGCGCGGGCGGGCGGCCGUCGCCCCGUCGUCUGCGCCUCUCAGCCGCCGCCGCCGCCGCCCCUGCCGCUGGGGACGGCGCGCGGCGCGGCGCUACCCCGUCUCUGUUAUGUAGUGCUCCCGUCGUCGGCGCUUCUGUCCGCAGCACGACGUCCCGCUACAGUUAGCUUCUGCCGGCGUCGCCUCCGUCGCCCGUCUUUAACUGGUUGGUUGUAUAGUCUUUGAUACAUUUAUGCUUUUGUAAGUGCGCCAGGCUGGUAUAUGGACGGCGAGCCGCGUCGACCGACUUCUUGGUGCGUUCAUUUGUGUACUGUGUUGGGUGGGCUCGUGCACCCGACUGCCGAAUGUGAAAUACAUAUUUGCAGAAUAUCGCC